UAGGUUAUUUCAAUCUUCAAUAAUAAUUUGAAGCUAACUAAUGUAAUCCUAACAUUAGUAACAAUCAAUCUUGGGAUCGAACCCCGGAGACCUCUCUCACACGCUCUCUAGUGGCUCCUCACCGUCGAAGUGUUGCAUUGCCCUCUCGGAGCUCAGACUUUCGACUUGAGCUUUGCCUCGCUCUCGACAGCGUCGCACCGCAAGCUUGUGAUCCACAUGCACAUAUACAUGCGGGAUGAACCAUUAUAUUGCGGCGACACGAGCGCUCCAGGCAUGGCUGUGAGUUUUUCUACAGCUCGCGAUACUGGUGUCUGGUGAAAUCGGAAUCGCCGUGUGCGAACGGUCGCAAUGAGAUUUAUUGCAACGAAGAGAUGUUCGCCGUCUGUGUGCGCCAGGCAUUUUGCGCAUCUUCGACAUGGAGCGCAGACGACGUGGUUGUUCGUAGUUUUUGUGCUGCUCGUUUGUGAGUUCUCGGCGCAGCUUGGUGAUAGAUUAGCUAUAAUCACGAACGUGGACGCAGUUAGGGUUGGUGUGAGCGAAGCGUUUUCGCAGGGAGAUUGUGAAACCACACUCUACUCUAGCGACAACUACCUUAAAUGUACUUUCGACCUCCAGCUCGUCCCAAACACGACGCAGGAUGUGAGCGACCUGAUCAAGCUGCACACGAAUUCCAGCAACAGCCGUAUAAAAAUCCGUGCCACUCGUCGGGGCUUUCACAGCUCUGCCGGGUUCGUCUGCUCUGGCCGAAGGAGUAGCAGUAAGAAGGAACGCGUGGAAUUUGGGGAUGACCAUGGCCGGCGCAGUUUACGUGUCACGUCGUACACAAUGCUGCUUCACGUCAUGAAUCAUGUAGUAUCGGUUGACGCGGAGCAGCAUAAGCUUACGGUUGAGGCUGGGAUGACUCUCCUGGAGCUUGCGCGUGUGGCCGAAGCGAAUGGCAUGGCGGUGCCCGCGGGGGCAUUGUCCAUGUACGGGAACCUGACCGUAGGCGGGGUGAUUAUGGCAUCGGCGCAUGGCUCUGGAUUAGGUACUGUGAGCAGCCUAGGCGACCUGGUGACGAAGAUCAAAUGGGUGAAUGCAAAGGGGGAAAUAAUUGUAAGUGACUUGCAAACGGAGCGUGGAGCGAAGGAGGUGAGGGCCUUAGUGGGAGGACUAGGCUUGUUGGGAGUUGUCACGGAGUUCACCCUUAAGCUGCAACCCAACUCUCGAACGAUCGUGGAUACCCGGAAGGGCUUAGAUGAUACAAACCUAGUUCUUGACCUGAAGAAAACAUUAGCGCUUGAAACGCCACACAUAAUCGUGCACUGGAGGCCUGAUUUCGAAUCGUAUAAAGCACUGUUGUUUACGCAGGUGGACGAUGUGAACCAAAGUGCUGCUGCUGUCAUACCGAAAUACUAUCCGAAUGCAAGAAGAGCAUCCGACAUUCCAGUUAGUGAUAAAAUGGCCAGUGCAUGGAGCGAGCUCAUGGCCACUUGGGAGGAUGAUGCAGCGGAGGAGCUACCUUCUGCCGACGUGCUGAAUACAGAGAUCUGCAGCUGGGGAGAGAGCACGCACAGAAUGUCGAUGUUUCUGGACAUCGAUGGGACUCCGAUCGAUCAUGGAAUGUUUCGAACCAAUUCUGCGAUUUUAACAGGUGACUGUAGUCCGAAGUGCUUGUAUGCAGUGCAUCACAUGGGCACAUUUACGGAGGAUACAGAGUUCACGAUCAAAUUCUCCCAGUUGGAAGCGUGGGUGCAGAUGUGAAAAGCAUAGUGAAGACGGAGCUGGACGAGGUUGAAGCUCGCUUGCGCAUGCGCCAUGGUGUAGGCAGGGUCAAGCGGUGCCUACCUCCUGGAUACUUCUGGCUUCGGUUCGGACAAGGCAACAGGAACUUGCUUUCAACAGCCGUGGGUUCCGAGGACGUAGUCUACGUGCAAUGGACAUUCUUGCAUUCUGCAUUGAUACCAAACAAGCUUGCCAAGCAAUCCACAAUUGCUGAAACGCUAGAACAGCUGACUUUGUGCAAAUAUCAAGGUCGGCCGCACUGGGGAAAGAACCACGAGAGGGUUUUCCGACACCCUGAUUGCAAAGUUGUGGACAAUUUCCCGGCCGCGAACAUUGCACAGCUGCUAGAGAUGCAAAGGCAACAUGACCCAGAGAAAAUUUUCGAGCCUGAGCUUUUCAACGAUCUUUUGCAGAGAACAGGCCCAGAAUACUCCCCGCUCUGUACUGCACAUUUCUGGUGCUAUUGCCGAGAUGACUCUCAUUGUCCUCACGGCCACAAAUGUCGGCCCUCUCCGCUUUUCCUCGAGUACAAGAUUUGCAAAUUGGUGCAAACCACGAAUCACCAGCAACAUGCAGAACUCUGAAAGGUGCAACGUAUGGUAAACUCUACAAAUCCAUGUCACGAAUCUUACCGCAACAAAGACUAGAAAUAGGAAUUGAGGUUCAAAACAGUGACUUCCAUAACCAGUGACACCAUGGCCUUCUCAGAUUGAAGUAAGCUCAUCAUUUACAGAAUACAAACACGCUUUUAAUUAGAAGAUUACCUUCCGUCCUCAUCGUCUCGCUAUCAAAGUUGGGCUGGCUACUCAUAUGUGUCAGGUGGACGCUUCAGACGUCCAGACCUCAUCCGACGAAUGGCUGGAGCUCUUAUCCAUAGUCGCAGUCCGAAUCAAACUAGACCAUGGGCCGUACAUUUAGUCGAAGUGCUCUUUCUGAAUACCUGGCAAGGCACAAAAUCAAUCAGAUGCAGGUGGUGUGAGUAAACUACACAUUCUUGGGAAGGUUACACUGCCAGCCUGAUAUUACGAGCAACAGCAAAGGCCAUGUGUGACCGUUGAUCUAACAAGAUAAUUGCACCGACCUCAUUGCUGCUACUGUGCACUGUUCAAGAAUGUUCACAAGGAAUGAACAAUUCCAACUUAAAGUUUGUACGAUGGAAUCAAUCUUUCCUUCCUUCAAGAUUCGUCGACACUUGUGAUUCUGCACCUCUCAAGCUCCAACUCCCCUGCAACCCCCCAUGUGCUGUGACCAGCAUUGCACAGAGAGGCUUAAACAUGUAUUUUCACCUACGUCUCAGACCUCCCUCAAGUCUUAUGCAAGUCGAGCAUGAGCAGGGACAGAUGGGGUUGAGUAGGAAUUUUCUGCUGAUAAGCAGCACUGUCAGAUUGGUCAUGAUCCAAGGAAUUUUGAAAUAAUCAAAGUGUGAGUGAAAAACGACAUAGUUGGUAAUGUUUUUACCGAGAAUUGAAUUUACAUGAUAUAUUGGUGUUACCCAAUGGAGACGUAGUCACUAAGUGA